GUUCUCUCUCCGAGUUCCGCGCUUCUUUCGGUCAGUUUUCUCCCGUGAGUUGCACGCGCGCGUCCUUUCGUGAGGACCGGCUUUCGUGUCGUUGCCUACAGCUUUCGGGCUACAGCCUCGAGGAGGACCAGGGCGCCGACGUUGUGUUAGGAUAAGAACGACUCCACACCGCAUCCUGGAUUCCUGCGGGACGGGGGAGUCGCAUCGGUCACCAUGCACCAUCGACUGUCGAGGUCGCUGGGGCUCUUAAUAUUUAUUAUAGCGGCGUAUGUGCCCGACACCUUCGCAAAACACCAUCAUAUAAAAUUAAGGCACGGGAGGCACCGUCGACAACACGGCGAGAGUUAUCAGCCCAGCUUCUUCGUGCUGGACACGGACGAGCCUGAGGGGGACAACUGGGGACCAUGGUCGUCGGCCAGCUCCUGUUCGCGCACCUGCGGCGGCGGGGUCGCCCAUCAGACCAGACAGUGUCUCGACAUGGAUGACGACGGCCACGACAGGUGCACCGGCGCCGCCAGGAGGUACUUCUCGUGCAACAUUCAGGACUGUCCCGGCGAGCCGAAGGACUUCCGGGCGGAGCAGUGCGCGGAGUUCAACAAGGUGCCCUUCGAGGAUGUAUACUACGACUGGAUCCCCUACACCGGGAGCCCGAAUAAGUGCGAGCUCAACUGCAUGCCGCGCGGCGAGAGGUUCUUCUACAGGCAUCGGAACACCGUGCUCGACGGCACGCCUUGCAGGCCCGACAGCAACGACGUUUGCGUCAAGGGCAAGUGCAUGCACGUCGGCUGCGACAUGAUGCUGGGCAGCGAUGCCAGGGAAGACGCGUGCAGGGAAUGCGGCGGCGACGGCUCGGAUUGCAAUACCGUUAGAGGCUUAUUCGACACCGACGACCUUCACGUGGGCUACGUCGAUAUCCUGCUGAUUCCCGAGGGCGCGACCAACAUCGCCAUAAGGGAAGUGCGGCCGUCCAAUAAUUACCUCGCCAUACGCAACACCACGGGCCACUACUACCUGAACGGCAACUGGAUGAUAGACUUCCCGCGCAGCCUGCGCUUCGCCGGCACGACCUUCCACUACACCCGGGACCCGCAAGGGUUCGCGGCGCCCGACAUCGUCACGGCCUUGGGACCAACGAACGAGCCGAUCUACGUCGUGCUGCUGUACCAAGAUCGCAACGUGGGCGUGGAUUACGAGUACAGCAUACCGAGCAAGUUCUCCUCGCACGCGGACCCGGACAGCUACACCUGGAUAACCGACGAAUUCUCCAGCUGCAGCGCCAGUUGCGGCGGAGGCUACCAAUCGAGACGGGUGGCCUGCGUGCGGAGGCGCGACAGCCAGCGAGUAGACGAUGGCCUGUGCGAUCUGCAGCUGGAGCCACUUGACACGCAGAGCUGCGGCGAGGAACCCUGUCCGCCGAUGUGGGUGGAGGGUCCAUGGUUCCCCUGCACCAAGCAGUGCGGCGAGGGGGGCGAGCAGAGUCGGGAGAUCAAGUGCGAGCAGGUCAUCUCGGGCGGGAUAGCCUCCGUGGUGGACGACUCGCAGUGCCUGGAGAAAGUGGGCCCGAAGGGGCCCGCUAGGCAGGAAUGCAACAGAGACGUGGACUGCCCGCAGUGGCACGAAGGGCCCUGGAAGCCGUGCGAUCAUAUAUGCGGGCCUGGCAAACAAAGCAGGACGGUCACGUGCUACAGAAAAGUGGACGGCAGGAUCCAAGUGCUGGAAGAUGAGGCGUGCGAGACGGAAGCGCCGGAACGUGAGAAGACUUGCGAGCUCAGGCCCUGCGCCGGCCUCGACUGGGUCACCUCGGAAUGGAGCGGAUGCGAGGAGACGUGCGACCUCACCAAGGAGACCAGAAGCAGCCAGUGCGCAACUCAAGACGGCGCCGUUUAUUCGGACGACAUGUGCGACGCGGGCAGAAAGCCCGAGCUGGAGAGGGAAUGCGAGAAGAGCAAAGACUGCGACUUCCAGUGGUUCAGCUCGCAAUGGAGCAAGUGCUCGGCCAAGUGCGGCUCCGGUGUUCAGACCCGCAAGGUGUUCUGCGGCACCUUCAGCGACGACACCGUGAAGAAGGUCGCGGACGACAAUUGCGAUCCCGAGGAGAAGUUCGAGGACACGAAGAACUGCACCGCCAAAGAGCCGUGCAAGGGCGAGUGGUUCGCGGGACCUUGGAGCAAGUGCUCAAAGCCAUGUGGCGGCGGCGACAUGAUGCGCAAGGUGAUUUGCAUGAAGGAUAAUAAGACGGUUCCUGUGAGCCAGUGCGACGCCAGCAACAUUAUGUUCUCCACUGAAAAGUGUAACGAUCAGCCUUGCGAGGAAGGCGUGACACCGAGCGAUGAAGAGGGAGACAGCGAGACAUCGGAUAUGAAGGAGGUGGACGCGGGGGUGGACGAAGAAGAGGAGGAGUGCGAAGACGAGGAAGAGGGGGAGGAGGAGGAGGAGGAGGUAGAAGGUGUCCCCGAAAUCAGCUUAUCCGCGGGGCAGCCCACGUUAGCCAGACUGCUCGGGCAAACGGAAAUGACGCCCUUGAGCUCGCCGUUCACGGGAAGCGACAUCUACGACACCAUGUUCAGCGACUCCACGAGGGGCGACAUACCGCCUUCCGAGCUCGGCAGCGGCGAGGGCAGCGGCGACGAUGACUUCACCGUGUUCGACACCACCUUCUUCGUCGACGGCAGCGCGUUCACCACCGUCGAGAAGAGCGAUACUCCGGCCAGCGGAGCCACGGACAGUAAAGCUGGCACGACGGAGUUCGGCACGGAGGUGACCGAGUCGUCGGACAUCACCGACGAGACCGAGACCACGGUCGAAGGAUCUGGAACCACCAUCGAGGAAGAGUCUGGCGCGACCUCGUCUACGGACAUGGAAGGAAGCACGAUGGAAGGGACUCAAGCCGCGACUACUGAAUCCGGCGGCACCAAGUCGGAAAUGACGGAAAUGUCGACCGACUCCUCCGCCACCACCGAAAGUGGCGGAACGACCAGUAGCGCGGAGGUCGAGUCGACAGUCAAUGAGAGCUCGGAGCCGACCACGACCGAAUCCAGCGACAUGACGACCGGCUCCAGCGACGUGACGACCGGUUCCAGCGACGUGACGACCGGCUCCAGCGACAUGACGACCGGCUCUAGCGACGUGACGACCGGGUCUAGCGACGUGACGACCGGCUCCAGCGACAUGACGACCGGCUCCAGCGACAUGACGACCGGCUCCAGCGACAUGACGACCGGCUCCAGCGACAUGACGACCGGCUCCAGCGACGUGACGACCGGCUCCAGCGACGUGACGACCGAUACGACCGAAUCUGUUGGUACCGAUGUCACCACCGGUUCUACGGAGACCACGAUCUCUUCGUCGGAGACCGACUCGACGGAGUCUACCGAGACUGACGUUACGGACACCACCGAGACUCAAACGACCGACUCGACGGAAACGCAAACCACACCAACCACCGAUCCCACGGACACCACGGAGUCUACGGACACGACCGAGUCCACGGAGUCCACGGAGCCUACGGACACGACCGAGUCCACGGAGUCCACGGAGUCUCAGCCGACUACGUCGUCUUCGGAGACGGAAACCACGCUCACAGGCGAAACGGAAACGACCGGAAGUGCGGAGACCACAGAUUCUAGCACUACGUCCCAAACAACGACCGAAAUGACUCCGACCACGCAGAUGUCUAAGGAGACGACUGAACCAGAAGAUAAAAACGACUCCGAAGCCGAAGUAGAAGGCAAUACGUCUCUCGCCCUCGAAGAAACGGAUCUCUCCACGGAAAGCAGCGGUUCUACGGAAGAAACUACCGUAUUCGGGACGAGUCCGUCCGGCAUGACUGAAACUACCAGCAGCGGCGAGACAACCGAAUCGGGACAGACCACGGAAUCGGCAGAAACAACCGAAUCGAGAAUGAGCACGGAAUCAUCAGCUGCGACAACGGAGUCCGCUAUGAGCACAGAGUCAGCUGAGACGACAGAGUCUGAGCUGACGACCGAGUCCGGCGGAACCACGAUGCCAAGCGAGACCACCGAGUCGGCAGAAACGACGGAAUCGGGAGAGACGACGGAAUCGGGAGAGACGACGGAGUCAGGAGAGACGACGGAAUCGGGAGCGACGACGGAAUCCGGAGUGACGACGGAAUCCGGAGCGACGACGGAAUCCGGAGCAACGACGGAAUCCGGAGCGACUACGGAGUCUGGAGCGACCACAGAGUCCGGCGAGACCACGGAAUCGGGACAGACGACAGAGUCCGGCGAAACCACCGUGACAGCCUCGACGGAAGUGACGGAAACCACCGAGUCGGGCGAAACGACCGAAUCGUCCGUCACGUCUUCCGGGGAGACUACUGUGUCUGGUGAGACCGAAGUCACGUCCUCCACGAUCAGCGGAGAAACCGAGCUGACCGGAAAGACUCAUAUCACCGAGUUCUGGACGACCGUGUUCCCGGAUAUGACGACGCGCAAGCGGCAGUGCAAGCCGAGAAAGAGCUGCAAGAAGACGCCGUUCGGCUGCUGCUACGACGGCAUCACCGCGGCUCAAGGACCGUUCGGUCAAGGUUGCCCGACGCCGCAGACGUGCGACGAAAUGCGAUACGGUUGCUGCCCCGAUGGCGUGUCGCCAGCUACUGGCCCGAAGAACAAGGGCUGCCCAGCCUCUCGUUGCAACGAGUCGCUCUUUGGAUGCUGCCCAGAUGGUGUCACCACAGCGGAGGGCAACGAUUACGAGGGCUGCAAGAAGCCGUGCGAGCAGACGGAGUUCGGAUGCUGCCCAGACCAAGAGACGCCAGCUACCGGGAAAGACAAUAUGGGAUGUUGCAACGUCACCGAGUUUGGCUGCUGUCCCGAUGGUAUUAAAGCCGCUUCUGGUUUCGAUGGCGAAGGUUGCGAAGAAGAAGAGGUCACUUCCGUGACAUCUCUAACCGAGAUGUACGAGACAACCACUCAACUCGUACCGUACGAGGACUGCGCGAACACCACCUACGGCUGCUGCCCUGACGGCGUCACCACUGCGAACGGCACGAACUUUGCCGGAUGCGGCGUCAUUAACACCGAAAACUGCACGGCGUCCUACUUCGGUUGCUGCUCCGACGGAGUCUCCGCAGCUCUCGGGCCGGACAAUUACGGUUGUCGCAUGCCGUGCGAGGACACCGUUUAUAGAUGCUGCGAGGACGGCGUUACGCCGGCUCACGGGCCGAACAAUGAAGGCUGCUGCUUAUCGAGCCCGUACAAGUGCUGUCCGGAUAACAUGAUGCCGGCGCGCGGACCAAACUUCUACGGCUGCGGCUGCCAAUACACGAGAUUUGGCUGCUGCCCGGAUAAUUCGACGGCGGCGCGCGGCCCGGGUAACGAAGGCUGCGGCUGUCAGUACACGCCUCACGACUGCUGCCCGAACCGCUUCACCCCCGCUAGCGGACCCAAUUUCGAGGGAUGCCCGUGCUACACUUAUCAGUUCGGAUGCUGCCCCGACGGCGUCACCAUUGCCAAGGGCGCUCGUGGUCAAGGUUGCGGAUGCGAGAAUACGGAAUUCAAUUGCUGUUCGGAUGAAAGGACACCGGCCAAGGGUCCGAACUUCGCCGGGUGUACGUGCGACGCGUCGCAGUUCGGAUGCUGCCCGGACGGAGUCGAGGAGGCGCAGGGUGAGAACUUUGAGGGUUGCCUCACGGUGCCUUCCAUGCCCGGAGCCACGUGCGGAUUGGCGAAGGACAGAGGUUCCUGCCGCGACUUCACCGUCAAGUGGUACUACGACACCGACUACGGCGGCUGCUCGAGGUUCUGGUACGGAGGCUGCAAGGGUAACGAGAACCGUUUCAAAACGCAAGAGGAGUGCAAGGAGGUUUGCGUUCAGCCGAAGGGGAAAGCUGCUUGUUUCUUGCCGAAGAUCGCCGGCCCUUGCAAAGGGUACCAACCGACAUGGUACUACGACGCCGAUAGGAAACAGUGCGGUCAAUUCGUUUACGGCGGUUGCCUCGGUAAUGCCAAUAAGUUCAAGACCAAGGAGGAGUGCGAGGAACUCUGCGUCACGCCUGAUGGCGUCGAUCCAUGCGAGCAGCUGAAGGAAAUCGGUCCCUGCGCCGGCAAUUUCACGAGAUGGUACUUCAACGCAGAAUCGCAGAAUUGCGAGCAGUUCGUUUACGGCGGCUGCAAAGCCAACGGCAACAACUUCCCCACGGAAAUUGCUUGCCAUCAGCAGUGCCUGCAGCCAGGCCGAAGGAGAGUCAAACUACCGAGCGUGUGCGCCAUGAAGAGAGACCCCGGGCCGUGUCCGGGCUCGGCGUUGCGCUGGUAUUACGAUACCGAGCGCGGCAUUUGUAAGCAAUUUGUUUACGGCGGUUGCAAGGGCAAUCUCAAUAGAUUCCGUACCUUCGCUGCCUGCCAGCAGCGUUGCCCCUCGCAAGAGCAAGACAGCUGCCUCCUGCCCGCCCUCCCGGGCGAUUGUCACAAUUACACUCAACGAUGGUACUACGACUCCUACGAGCAGCACUGCCGGCUCUUCUACUACGGCGGAUGCGGCGGCAAUGAGAACAACUUCGAGACCGAGCACGACUGCGUCAACAGGUGCGUGACGGCCGUCACCACACCGGCUCCGCCGGGGAGAGAGCUCGAGUUCCGAACAGAGUUCUGCUUCCUGCCCGACGAGCACGGGCCCUGCUCCGGGGAUCAAGCCAAGUGGUUCUACGACAGCCGCGAUGGGCUUUGCAGGCAGUUCCUAUACGGCGGCUGUCAGAGCAACGGCAACAACUUCAACACUCGCGAGGAAUGCGAGUACCGCUGCGGCGAAGUUCAAGACCUCUGCACGCUGCCCAAGGUGGUCGGACCUUGCAACGGCUUUGUGCAGCAGUUCUACUACGAUCGACGCGCCGAUUCCUGCUACGAGUUCGAGUACAGUGGCUGCCAAGGCAACAGGAAUCGCUUCCAGGACAGAGAGUCCUGCGAGGCCAAGUGCAAACGGCAACCGCCACCUCCUACGCCAUCGCCAAUCGCGCGAAUCACGACCACGUUGGCUCCGUCAAUCGAGGAGCCCAAGAGCCCGAUUUGCUCGGCGCCGGCCGAUCCUGGCGACUGCGAUGGCACCAUCACCGCGUAUUACUACGACGCGCAGCAGCACAUGUGCCAGGCUUUCAUAUACGGCGGCUGCGGCGGAAACGCCAACAAGUUCCAGACGGAGGAGCAGUGCGAGCGGCUCUGCGGGAAAUUCCACGGACAAGACGUGUGCAACCUCCCCGUGGACUCCGGCCCGUGCAGAGGCGCUUUCCGAAAGUACUACUACGAGCCGAGCACGCGCUCCUGCCGCGAAUUCACCUACGGCGGCUGCGACGGCAACGCGAACCGAUUCAGUACGAUCCCCGAGUGCGAGUCGAUCUGCAUCCAUCAGGAGGAACCGGUACCGCCCGGCAACGACACCAGCGUUUCGAAUCUGUCGAUCUGCAAAGAACCGGUCGACAGCGGCUCCUGCACGUCCGGCGGCACCAAACGCUUCUAUUUCGACGAGGAACACCAAGCGUGCCGGGCGUUCAUUUACACCGGCUGCGGUGGCAAUCGCAACAGAUUCAAGACCUUCGAGUCUUGCAUUAACACUUGCCUUAGGACGAGCAACGAGAUAGACGUGGACUCGAAGGACACGAAAGAUCGAUGCGCCGAGGCCAAGGAGGAGUGCAACAUCGUCCACUGUCCGUACGGCAAAGAGCAGUACGUGGACGAGCAGGAUUGCGAACGCUGCCGCUGCGUGGAUCCUUGCAGGACGAUGACCUGUCCCGAGGCCACCCGGUGCACCAUUACCCUAGUCGCUACGCAAGACGGCACGGAGUACAGAGGCGUUUGUCAAUCGACCGUGAAAGCCGGUCGCUGCCCGAGAGUAUCCAAUAGCACGAGAUGCGAGCAGGAGUGCGCGACGGACGCGGACUGCGUCGGCGAGUUGAAAUGCUGCGACAGCGGUUGCGGCACAUCCUGCCUCGAGCCAGCGCCGGAGGAGCCUCUAACAACGACGCCACGGCCCACCGUCACGCCGCCGCAGUACGGUGGCUCACCUGCGAUGAUCCAGCAACCGGAGGAGCCUCGUGUCAGCGCACAGGAGGGCGGCUACGUGACGUUGAAGUGCAUCGCGUUAGGAAUUCCUAGGCCGACCAUCACGUGGAGGAAGGACACCACGCUGAUCGGACCUUCCGAGGCGAGACGACGCAUACUGCACGACGGGUCCCUCCAGAUCACCAACUUGUACACCUACGACAGGGGAGCUUACGUGUGCACCGCCGACAAUGGUCUAGGACCGCCGGUAAGAGCGGAGUAUCAACUGAACGUCACAGAACCGCGCCAACUCUCCGUCUCCAUCAUCGGCGAGCCCGACACUCGCAUAACAGUGGUGAUGAACUCGCCGAUAACUCUGCAUUGUUACGCUGUGGGUUGGCCAAGGCCGCACGUCACUUGGUGGCGCGGCGAGGACAUGCUACCCCUGUUUUCGAGUAAUUACGAGCAGGACAACGACUAUAGCCUCCUGAUACGUUCGGUAACUCUGACCAGCCUCGGUGUUUACACCUGCCAAGCGUACAACGCUAUGGGCAAAGCGGCCUCUUGGUCGACGACCUUGCAAGCGGUCGGGCCGGUCUACAACGUUAAACCCGAGCACCAAGAGUACACCAAGUUCCUCGUGCAACCUCCGAGGAAACCCGUCACCACCGAGAAACCGCAGUACCCAUACAGACCCACCAGAACACCGUCACCCGAGUAUCAGACCUUCGCUCCCAUUUAUCCUUCUAAAUCUACUCAUUUGCCUCCUUUCAUCCCAACCACCACCGUCGAGCCUGCCAAGUUCAAAGUGCCCGUCAAAGUCAACGUAACGGUGGAGCAGUCGCAGUUCCCCGAAGGCAGCGAAAUAAGCAUCGGCUGCGGCGUGGACGGCUAUCCCAUUCCGCGUGUACUCUGGUACAAGAACGACGAGCUUAUUCGAACGGACAACCGCAUCAAGAUUUCCGAACUCAACCGGCUCAUCAUCAACCACGCGAAUCGCGAAGACUCCGGCCGGUACCGAUGCGAAGCAGCCAACGAGUACACUUCGGACUCCGACAACGUCGACAUACACGUAGCUGGUAUCUUCAUUCAUCCCCAUUGUCAAGACAACACGUUCUUCGCCAAGUGCGAGCUCAUCGUGACGGCCAAGUUCUGCAUGCAUGAGUACUACGCAAGGUUCUGCUGCCGAUCGUGCACAGAGGCCGGCCAACUGCCGGUGAAGGGGCCCCACCUCGACAACACGAAGAGAAGAAGAAGAUCCAUCCUGCGUAUGCUCGUCUAAGAUGCCAAAUCGACUUUUCGGUAUUUCCGACGCGCGUGAUGGCACACAUGUCGAUUCUGAUCGUGGCAUUCGUGGGAUUCGCGACAGAAUACACACGCACACAUGCAUACACACACACACACACACACACACACAUACACAUACACACAUCACACACAUACACACACAUGUACACAUACACGAGGGCGGAGAGAAAUCUUGCGCGCACCCACUCUGCCUCUCGGACGUGCCGAAUAAUCGACUUGUUAACUCACUGCCAAAGCCUUAGAGCGUUUAUACAUAGAUAUAAUAUAUAAACACACGUACACGUACACAUAGAAACGCACACACAACAUACAUGCACGCAACACGCACACUCGCACACAAUUUCUCCAGCGCGAAACCGACACCGCGCUUCGGCCAGCGCGGUCUCGCUUCGAUGCCCCCCUAUCCAUGUAUAUACGAUCUGACGCUGAGAAUCCUAGUCCGACGGAGCCAUAUUAGGCGGGUUAAUUGCUUGUUCUUAAGAGGGAAACGUCACGACCGCGCGUAUCCGUCAGACGACGUCGGGCGACACGAGGCGAGGUCGUAACGUCGGAAUGUCGGCCGACGAAGCGCGUGGGUCUGCGGAUCGUGUUGUCGAGCCUGCGGGAAAUAUCGCUUCUCCUUCUCAGGCAGGCGCGUCUCCUUUCCCCCCUCCCCCCCUCCCCCUCCCGCUCCCGGAGAGAAAAGAAACACUCGUCUCGCGUGUCAUCACAGUAACCGUAGUUUUAUAUAUAAAUAACCGUAAGAUAAUUAUAGUACACGCAUAUGCAUAUAUAUAUACAUAUAUAUAAUCGACAACGGAGAGCUGAACAUUCGCGAACGCUGGCGACGUAUUAUCGGUGUGGAGCUCGCGCGGAUUCUGUCCCGCGGAGCGGUGUCGAGGAUCUUCCGAUAAUUUUCGCACGACCUCGAGAACACGAUCGCGAUCCCAAGAGUCUCGAUGUGACGCGACGUGCCAUUUUUUCUCGUGCAUCACGGCGACGUCAAUGAUGCAUGCAUCGACGAGAGAGAGAGAGAGAGAGAGAGAGAGAGAGAGAAGGAAGCAGAAAGAAAGAGAAAUGACACACGAGAGAAGAGAUCUUCUCGUGUGCGGAGCACUGUCUGAGUUAGGCCGAGGUCCUCCUUCCCCUCAUUGGACACACACUACGGUGACUAAGAAAGGAACUUGUACCUACUUGUGUAUUAAGCAUAUACGCACGUUAUGUUGUACAAUAUAAAUAGUUUAUUAUUCGAUAUGCCAUUUAUAUACUCUACGAUAUUGUUAUUACUUGUUUCGCAUAUAGGUACUCUCGCAAAUAUCGCUAUGACACGCGCCGCCGUCGAAGUAGAAGCUCGCGCGGAUAUCCCUCCCACGGGGAAAGUAUUCGGAAACUUUGGAGAAGCGACCGUCGAACGCGUCUCUGAUGAAUUAACACGAACGUAUCGCUGUCUCCAGUCGCGAUUCCACUUUGUGGAGGAAUCGGAUAAGAUUUGUCGUCUGUGCAAAGGAACGGUGAAGAGCUUCGCUCUGGGAGAGCGAGGUUUUCGUCGAAGACUCCGACUCGAAGUCAAAGACGAGAAAAAACGGAUGCACACGAGCGGCGUGUGUACGUGCGUGAGAACAUUAUAUUACGCGCUCGACUCGCGUUAUUCUUCAGUCGUUGUAUCUUUCACUUGUCGUUGCGUGUAACGUGUACAGUCGAUUUUUCUGUCGUAGACUUAUAUAUGUAUACAAACCGAGCGACAAGAAAUCUGAAGAAGGUGGCCUGCGCCACGGACGGUCGAUCUUUGUCCAACUUGAAUGUCCCGUUGAAGAAAGCUGAAUGAAAAUAGCAUGGAGUAUAAGCUGACCUUCCCAUCUUCGAAUCUCUCGCGAGAAGACGCAGUCUAUGUAUAUAAGUCUACGUUUUCUACACGACCUACACGACUAUAUAACGAUCAGUUAUCGCGCGCCUCGCGCACAGCUGUUGCAUUUAACGACGUUUGUUCCUGAACAUUUUAACCGUAUAACUAUUAAUUGCGUAACUACUUAAUAUCUCGCGCUCUAGACGCAUCCAGUCGCGGGCCAUGAUGUAUCCGGUAGUAGCGAUCGUAGAUAUUACCAGUUGACGAGAUCGUAGAGAAGUACGAAAGGAGGGACGAGAAGAGAAAGGUACCAAAACGCAUUUACAUAUAUAUUAUAUAUUAUAUAUAUAUAUAUAUAUAUAUAUCAAACACACACACAUACACACCGUAAGUGUAAGAGUCGCGAUCGCAGCCGAUCGGAAUCGACGUAUCGCGAGCCUCUAGGACGACACUCGAUUGUUCCGUACGUGUCACCGAUUCAGUCGCAGUAAAAAGAAACGCAGUGCCUUAUUAGAUGACCUUCGAAAAGGAUCGGGGAAAGAGUGCUGAAUAUACAUGACGUCUCCCUCGUUUAGUGUAAAUAGCCGUGCCACGUGCACCCCGUGUACCUCCCGCACAUACACUUCCCCGCCCCGACGAGUCGACGCCGCGCGCGACUCACACGCAUGAAUGUCGCGCGUGAGAUGAUGUGUAGAUUUAGAGAUCCCGUCCGCGUGGCGUGACAGCCCGCGGUUGUAGAGAGCCCAAGACUCGAACAAGCCGUAUAUAUCGACGAAGAUAUUAAGUACUCUUCUCCUCUGCGCUCCUCUCUAGACACGACCAAGAGUAAAUCGUAAAAUCGUUAGAAGACGCCACGAGAACGUAGCGCGACCCACGUUAAUUGACGACCUAGUGAAUGUAUUAGGCACACAGUCGA